AUGGGCAUCCAUGCUGUUAGCGUCAUGCUAGAGGCUCUCAAUAGAGAUGCCCAACAUGCUACUAUCGCCAAGUUCAUUCAAAAUAAACUUGACGCUGGACGCGAGAAAGUAGCCUUGCUUCACCAACAAGGUUCUCAACAGUCAAAGUUGUUGAGAUGUCAGGGUGCUCAACAGUUUGAACUGUUGAGACAGCAGCAGGCUGCUGCUGGUGGGUCGAUGCACUUGCGUCGACCCGAGACCUUGAAGAUUGACAUCUCCAAGUAUAGGGGAGUCGAAGAGAACUCCCUCUUGAGAUGGUUCGUCGAAUUAGACGACGCCAUAAGGGCGCGUCGCAUCGAAGACGAGGAUAUGCAAGUUGCAUUUGCCCAGUCAAAUCUGGCAGGACGUGCCAAGACUUGGGCACUGGGGCUCAAGUUGCACGACCCAUAUGCGUUUGGGUCAUCAGAAGUCUUCAAGUCGCGGCUCAGACAAACGUUUGAACCGCCUAGAGCUGAGUUCAGAGCUCGAACCCAACUCUUGAAGCUCAAACAAGGUUCCAACCCGGUUAAUGAACACACGUUGGUUUCGGUGUUCAUGCAGGGUCUUGCGGAUGGUCCCGUCAAGACUCACCUGUUCCGACUUGAAAUAGAUUCACUAGAGCAAGCCAUUUCCAUUGCGGAACAGGAAGACUUCAGUUUGAGACAGGCUCGCGCCAGCUCGACAUCAUAUCGUCCACCGAGACGAUAUGACAGCGGAAGUCCAGAGCCGAUGGAACUCUGUUAUGUAGAGAGCGAGAAGGCUCGCUCUACAGACUACAAGAAGUUACAGAAAUGA